UACAAGGGUAUAUGUGAAUCCUAGUAAAUGUGGAAUGUAAAGGUCUUAGCAACAUAACUAAGAAAAUGCUACAAAAGCUAUGUUAACUAUUGUGAUGAAAAUGUGUCAAACGAUCUAUGAACCAAGUGUAUGGUGCCCCACGAUCAUACUAAUGUACACAGCUAUGGUUUAAUAAAAAUAAAAAAAAAAAAAGAAAAUCAUGAGGCUGGGCACUGUGGCUCAUGCCCUGUAAUCCUAGAACUCCAGAGGCCAAUGUAGGUGGAUUGCUUGAGCUGAGUUCGAGACCAGCCAGAGCAAGAACAAGAACCUGUCUGUAAUAAAAACAGAAAAAAACUAGUGGGGCAUUGUGACUGGCGCCUAUAGUCCUGGCUACUCAGGAGACUGAGGCAAAGCGGAUUAAAUAAUUCCAAGAGUUUGGGGUUGCUGUGAGCUAUGCUGACCAUAGCACUCUACCCAAUAGCACAGAAUGAGACUCUGUCUCAAAAAAAAAAAAAAAAUCACGAAGAUGAAAAACAGUAUAUUUACUGUUCCUUAAAUGGAGUGGAUUAUCACAAAAGUCUUCAUCUUCGUUUGAAGCUGAGAAAGAGCUGUUGGUCUUGUCAUCUUGGAUGGCAGAGGAGGAAGAGAUGGAGGAUGUGGAAGGGGAGGCAAGAGAGGGAAGCACAUUAGGUAUAAUUUUUAUUGAAAAAAAUCCACAUAUAAGUGGACCAAUGCAGUUUAAUCCUGUGUUGUUCAAGGAUCAGCUGUGUUAUUUAUUCAUGUUUGUAAAUUUAUUUUUAGAGAGCACAACAAUGUUAGGGAGCAAGAAGUUAUCUCAAAGAUAUUAAGAGUAUUAAAGAAGAAACAUUCCAACAUGACAUAGUGCUCUAAGAUCAACACAUAAAGAAUAUGGAAAAAUUCUCUGCAACAAUACAUACCUUAUUGUCCAUAAGAAAAUUCUUAAGAAAGAGAGAUGCUGCCAGUGUCAUGAGUGGGGGAACUACUUCAGUCAUCAGUCAACUCUCAUCCAGCAUCAGUGAAUCCAAACAGGAGAAAGAGCCUGUAAAUUUAAGGAAUGUAGAAAAACCUUUAGUCAGAGGGCACAACUGACCAAGUGUGAGAGAAUUCACAUGAGUGAGAAGCCCUAUAAAUGUAAAGACUUUACGAAAACAUUUAGCCAGAUGCCUAUCUCACUCAGCAUCGGAGUAUGCACACAGAGAAAAGUUCCAUGAAUGCAAUGAAUGUGGAAAGGCCUUCAGCUGGAUCACUGGAGAAUUCAUAGUGGAGGAAAACGCUUUGAAUGUAAGGAACGUUGCAGAGCCUUCACUCAAAGUGUACAGCUCUUUAGACAUUAGAAAACUCAUUCUGGAGAAAAAUUAUGUGUGUGCAGGAAGAAUUCCCUGGUAUGCCUGCGAGUCACGGUCCACUCGCUUCAACACGCACCUGGCAGGCGCGCAUGCUCUGAUUCUCCAACUCUACAGAGUAGCCACGCCCUGUCCCCCGCCCCUCGCGUUGGAGGGUUCGCGAAGGCUUGCGCCUGCGUAUUAGGAGUUCCAGGGUGGACUCCCGAAGCCCUUCGGAGGAGAGCGUUUGGCUUCCGGAUGAGGCUUUUGCGGUGUUCUGCGUGGUCCGAAAGACCCAACCAGAGGGCCUGGGCCGGCUGGGCCGGGUAGGCGUGAAGGGCGGGCUGGGAUCUGGACUAUGUAAAUCCCAGCUGCCUCCGCUUUCUCCGACUGACUACAUUUCCCAGAGGCCCGCGCGGCGCCAGUCCUGGGGUUGAGUGAUGCAGUCCCUGAGGCUACGGCUGGGAACCGGGGGCAGCAGGGGCGGGCCGUCUGCGAGGGAUGGGUGUGUGCUUGUGAGGGAGAGCCCGGCCCACGGGUGUGGGUGUGGGUGUGUUGGAGAAAGACAGACUCAAACGUGAGUCCAGGGUAUGAAGGACCGGUCAGCGUGAAGCUCCAAGAGAGGCUGGGGUGUGUGUGAGACUGAUAGUCCGAGUGUGAGACCCGUCUUUGCUGGUGUGCGGCUGGUGAGAGGCCUGACAGAGGCUGACCUAUGAGAGUUCAGAGUGUGAGACCAGGAGGUGUUGGUGAAUGCAUGAGAGGACAGAAUCGAGUAUGGGAGAAAGUUGUGCGUGUGUGAUAUUGUCAAAUAUAUAUUUGGCCUUCAUUCCAGUUUCCUGGCAUCCAACUUCUAAAAUCCCUGAAGUAGUAAAUGUCUUUUUGACCUAUAAUGAUUGAUGGCUGGCGACCCCGUGGUAGAGUCAGGGUAGGGGCAUCUCACUGGAAAGACCAAGGCAAGAUUAGAGGGUUAGUACUGUCUGCCCCUCUCCCAAUAUCCAAGGACAGUAAAGGGGGAAAUGAUUUUAAUUGAUCUGUCAUGCCUAGGUAGUGAAACUUCCAUAAAGUUUUGGUGAACUUUGGAUUAAUUUUGAUGAACUUCUAGAUAGCUGAAUUUGUGGAAGUUCCUGUAGGAUGAGCCUCUCUUCACAUAACCUUGCCCUGUGAUCUCUUCAUCUGUAUCCUUGGUAGUAUCCUUUAAUAAUAAGCUGGUAAAUGUGUUUCCCUGAAUUCUGUGAACUGCACUAGCAAAUUGAACCAAAGAAAGGGGGCUGGGGAGCUCUGAUUUGUAGCUGAUUGGUUACUAAACAACCUGGAGCUUGGGGAUUGGCAUCAGAAGUGGGGGACAUUCUUAUGAGACUGAUCCCUCAACCUGUGGGAUCUGAUGGGAGCUAGUGUCAGAACUGAAUGGCAUCAGAGGAUGCCCCAUUUGCUGUGGAAUUGUUUGCUUGGUGUGUGUGGGAAGAUCCUUGAACAUCUGGUGUUGAAGUGUUUUGUGUUGUGAGAAUAGAUUAGGAGAAACCGAGUUUGUUUUUCCAUGUUUGUAUGUGUGAGUGGAAGAAAGACAAGUGAUGUGGUUGUGUGUGAGACCAAAAUAGUUAAAAAAGGAGCUAUGUGAAUCAUGAUAUGUCACCCAAAGGCUUUACAAAUAUAGCAUCUGUAAGGGUGUCGUGGCAGUGAGCCCAGGGGAUGUGAGAGAAUUAGAUUGGGAUAUGUGUGAAGGAGCUUGUGGGUGCUGUUACCCGUGGCCUCUGUCAGACCAUGGUGUAUCUGACUGUAUAUGGUGUGUCUGCCUUAGGGCUGUGAUUGUGUCUUCUGUGUAAUUAAGAAAUAUGCGAGAUUUUAUAUUAGUGUUGGUAUGUAUCCCAUGCUUGUAAUUGGCUCUGUGUGACCGAUCUACAAGCAGAGACUACUUGUACAAUCAUAGCAUUGGAUUCUUUUAUUAUAAUUGUUUGGAAUUGUGAGUUGCCAGGAUAAGAAUCCUGAAUUAGAUUUCCCUGCCUCCAAUCCAAGAGUUUCAGUAAAAAGCAGGAGCCUAGGGGACUAGCUUCUAACUAGAGGAGGAGAUACCUUCAAUUCUGGUGACAAAGGAUAGGGGGAGCCAAGGGGAUGAGAACAGAGGUGAGAGUGAAGGUGACAGAAUUGAGACUAAAGUUUGCAUUGUUCUAGGGUGAGAAUUUGAAUACCCUUGGGCAUUGGGUGGUAAAGGAGAGUAAUCCUGGCCUCUAGUGGCAUGUAAGUCGGAUUUUUGAACUGUAGACUGUCAAAGAAUGAAGCAGAUACCCAGGAAGAGAACAAGUCCACCUUUCCCUAUAAAAUAGAGGAAAUAAUUACAUCAUAAGAUUAUUAAAAACCAGAGUGAUAAUAUAAUCUAUGCAGCAUACCUAUCUUAUUUUUAUUCAUAAUAAGACCAAAGUAUGGGAAAAUAGUUUUUGGAAAAAGAUUAAACUGGGGACUUUAAGCAUAAGAAAAGCAGUUGUUAAACUAUACUCCCUCUGUGUCCAUAGAUUGCCCAUAAUCACCCCAUUAUGUGAGUCUGUGACCAAAGAAAGCUGGGAAGAAGAUGAUGAUUUUUCAGGUUGGUGAUUCUGGGAGUGUGGUGAAGGUCUCAUCUCUAUCCUUUUCUUCCUCCAGCCUUGCCCUCCCAGGACACUGCUUUUGUCCAACAGAGACCAGCAAGAGAAGGCAAAAAUGACUGUUGAGCUAGUGAAAGCCAUGCCCCAGGACUUGGUGACAUUUAAGGAUGUAGCAAUAGACUUUUCCCAGGAGGAAUGGCAAUGGAUGAACGCUGCUCAGAAGCAUUUAUACAGAAGUAUGAUGUUGGAGAAUUAUCAGAGCCUGGUAUCACUGGGCCUUUGCAUUUCUAAGCCACAUGUGAUCUCCUUAUUGGAAAAAGGGAAAGAACCUUGGGAGACGAACAGUGAGAUGAUGAGAAAUACGUUCUCAGAUUGGGAAUCUAUAUAUGAGACACAAAAAUCAUCUCUGAAACAGUUCAUAGAUGAUGAUGCAUUCAUGAAGAGAAUUACAAGCUGUGGACUCCAUUGUUCCACUUUUGGAGAAAAAUGGAAAUGGGAAGACUUUUUUGAAAGCCAGAUGGGAACUCAAGAGACAUUUAGCAGGACAGAACCAGUCAAUCAUGAGAAAACCCUCACUAAGAAAACAGACCACAAAUACACCAAAUUUGGGAAACUUGUUCAUCUGGACAAUGUAGAAGAGAGUGUUUAUAAUCACAAGCUGGAUAGAAAAAGCUUCUCAAAACAUUCUAUGGUAAUAACUCACAAGAACAUCUGUGUAUCGAAGAAACUUUUUAAAUGUAAUGAAUGUAACAAAACCUUCACUCACAGCUCAUCCCUUACUGUUCAUCAUAGAAUUCAUACCGGAGAGAAACCCUAUGAAUGUAAGGAAUGUGGAAAAGCCUUCAAGCAGAGGCAACACCUCGCUCAACAUCAUAGAACACAUACUGGAGAGAAACUCUUUGAAUGUAAAGAAUGUAGGAAAGCCUUCAAACAAAGCGAACACCUUAUUCAACAUCAAAGAAUUCACACUGGAGAAAAACCAUAUAAAUGUAAGGAGUGUAGAAAAGCUUUCAGACAGCCUGCACAUCUUGCUCAGCAUCAGAGAAUUCAUACUGGAGAGAAACCCUAUGAGUGUAAGGAAUGUGGCAAAGCCUUCAGUGACGGCUCAUCUUUUGCUCGACAUCAGAGAUGUCACACUGGCAAAAGACCUUAUGAAUGUAUUGAGUGUGGGAGAGACUUCAGGUAUAACACGUCUCUUAUUCGUCACUGGAGAAGUUAUCAUACUGGAGAGAAGCCUUUUAAUUGCAUUGAUUGUGGGAAAGCCUUCAGCGUUCACAUAGGACUUAUUCUGCAUCGGAGAAUUCACACUGGGGAGAAACCCUACAAAUGUAAUGUAUGUGGAAAAACCUUUAGCUCUGGUUCAUCCCGUACUGUACAUCAGAGAAUUCACACAGGAGAGAAACCUUAUGAAUGUGACAUUUGUGGGAAAGACUUCAGCCAUCAUGGGUCACUCACUCAACAUCAAAGAGUACACUCUGGAGAGAAACCAUAUGAAUGUAAGGAAUGUGGGAAGGCUUUUAGGCAAAACAUACACCUUGCUAGUCAUUUGAGAAUUCAUACUGGAGAAAAGCCUUAUGAAUGUAAAGAAUGUGGAAAAGCUUUUAGAAUCAGUUCACAGCUGGCUACACAUCAGAGAAUUCAUACUGGAGAAAAGCCUUAUGACUGUCAGGAAUGUGGAAAAGCUUUCAAACAGAAAUCACACCUUGCCCAACAUCAGAAAACUCAUACAGGAGAAAAACCUUUCAAGUGUAGUGAAUGUGGGAAAACCUUCAGCCAGACUUCUAAUCUUAUUCAGCACCAAAGAGUUCAUACUGGAGAAAAACCUUAUAAAUGUACUGAAUGUGGAAAGGCUUUUAGUGAUAGCUCAUCUCGCACUCAGCAUCAAAGACUUCACAGUGGCCAAAAGCCCUAUCAGUGUUUUGAAUGCGGGAAGGCAUUCCGAAGAAAGUUAUCCCUUAUUUAUCAUCAAAGAGGUCAUGCUAAAAAAGAACCUUAAAUGUAGUACAUCUGGCAAAGCCUUUAGCCAUCCUUUGCUGCUCAUCAGAGAACACAUUCUGGAUAAAAACCAUAUGAAUGUAAGAGUAUAGAAAAACCUUCAGCCAGACUGGUACUUUAUAAUAGUUUACUGCAACCUCAAAUUUUUGACCUCUAGUGAUUCUCCUGUCUCAGCCUCCCAAAUAGCUGGGACCAUGCAUGCUACCACACCCAGCUUAUUUUUGUAUUUUUUG